CUUUUCUCUUGCAUCGUCGGCUUCUUGCGAGUCGGCUGCGGUUGUUCGUUCAUUUUCCCUCCUGGUUUGAUCCCGUUGAGCAGAUUCGCUGUCGGUUGCCUCAAAAUACAGUGAUUUUUCGGUGCAGUUUUACGAGUGAAAAGUGUUAUCUGAAAUGAGGAAGCUGUUGGUAUUUGCUUUGCUGGUGCUUCCAGCUGUUCUGUUGACAACAGACGGUGGUUCCAGGUUGAUGGCCCAUGCUACGGAAGAUGAAUUAGACGAAGAACUGGAUGUUGAGGUGGAGUCAGAUGAUGGUUCUGUGACACAGACCGAUGAAGCCGAGACAGAUGAUGAACCGGAAACAACCAAAUCUCCCGACGCUGAUACCUUCCUUCUGUUCACUCGUCCUCUUCAUUCGAGUGGAUCUCAGCUAGAGCUUCCCGCCGGAUACCCAGUGGAAUUCCUUGUUGGUUUUACCAACAAGGGUAGCGAUGACUUCAUCGUUGAAACCGUUGAAGCUUCCUUCCGUUACCCAAUGGAUUUCAACUAUUUCAUUCAGAACUUCUCUGCCAUACCAUACAACCUUGAAAUCAAGCCCAGCCACGAAGCCACCGUUUCGUAUUCGUUCCUUCCAUCGGAAUCGUUCGCCGGGCGUCCGUUUGGCUUGAACAUUGCUCUGAACUACCGUGAUGCCAGCGGGAAUCAGUUCUCCGAAGCCGUCUUCAACGAAACUGUGUCUAUCACCGAGGUCGACGAGGGGCUGGACGGAGAAACUUUCUUCCUGUACGUUUUCUUGGCCGCAAUUGUCGUGUUACUGUUGGUUUUGGGUCAACAGUUCCUGGGAUCGUAUGGCAAGCGCAAGCGCUCCCCAGCAGUUCGUAAAACAGUUGAAACCGGAACCACUAACACCAAGGAUGUGGACUAUGAUUGGAUCCCAGCGGAAACCCUUAAGAAGAUCCAGAGCUCUCCCAAGGGUGGAAAAGUAUCGCCAAAGAAAAGUCCACGACAGAAGAAAUCCAAACGAGCCGCGGGUUCGGACGAGUAAGGAGCAUAAGCAUUUCAGUAGCCUUGUAACGUUAUCAACAAGACAAGAAAGCUGGGCGUGAAUUGCAAACCAGAAUUGCAGCAGCUUUUGUAGCUGAAAGAACGUGACAGAAAGCUGAUAGGAGAUUAUGGCUUGGACUAUCAUCGGUGAUUAAUCCAAGCAAAACCUCAAUAUUACUACAGCUGGAAAUUAUUUUUCAGUUCAGUGAAAAGAUCGCGUAACAAUAGUUUUAAGUUUUUCACAACAUCCUAUAGAUUCUGAUCACCAGGCAUCGCGUUUUCUUAAAAAAAAACUAAAAGUUAACUAUUUAAGUGUUUUUUUUUCAUUUUUGUUCGCGAGUUUAAUCAAUGAAACAAACUUCCCCGUUUGAUGUGAAUGUGAGACUGGAUACUAAGAUAACAUAAGCAGAAAACCAAUAAACACACCGCUUGGAGAACUUGGUUUGUUGGUGUAGAACACGACAAAAGUAAAGCUUCGUUUGUGGAAGCUCUAACUGUCCAAGGCAGACAUCCUAAGAUGAAGAAGUUUUCAUCGAUGUCAGUGUUUUUUUUUGUUGCUUAAAUUAUUUUUACGAAUUAAAACGUAGGAGAAGUAGAAGUAAAA